AUGGAUCUGGGAGAGUGGGAGUUUGCUGUGCGUGCAACUGCUGAUAAAACUAUUUCUGAUCGAUGCCGUUCUGCCCGCAUUAAUCAAUCAAUUCUGAAUGGGUUACUGAGGCUUGAUUGGAAUGAUGAGCAAGUAAAAUCGAUAAACGUGCCUUUCAUGCAGUUUGCCGGGGUUAAUGGCCAGAUGUUGAUAGAGGAUUUGGUGAACGGAUUCUAUAUCAUCUUUCCAGGACAAAAAUUCCAGCUGCCCACCAAACUUGCUCAAAUUGAAAAGCUGAA